AAUUCAAAGCUUUCUCGCCAUAUUCUCUCAUAGUUGAAACAAUAACAAUUCCUCUCUCUAUAAUUUUCUCAACUCUUUCGAUCUUUUCACCUCUUAACCUAAUUAGCAAUGGCAGCAUCAACCUCUUCUUCAUCUUCGUACAAGAAGGUAAUCCUAAGGAGUUCCGAUAAAGAGACUUUCGACGUCGAUGAAAAGGCAGCAAUGCUUUCUCAAACCAUCAAGAACAUGAUCGAGGACCUCGACGACAGCACCGAUCCCAUCCCGCUUCCUAAUGUCACCGCUAAAACUCUCGCUAAGGUUAUCGAGUAUUGUAACAAACAUGCUAAUGAUGAUGAUAACUCCGAUCCCAUACCACAACCUAAUGAUGAACUCAAGCAGUGGGAUAAGGACUUCCUCAAUGUCGACCAAAACACCCUCUUUGAUCUCAUUCUUGCUGCAAACUACAUGGAUAUCAAGGGAUUGCUUGAUUUAACUUGCCAACAUGUUACCGAUAUGAUUAAAGGAAAAGCACCGGAAGAGAUAAGGAAGACAUUCAACAUUGUGAAUGACUUUACACCCGAAGAAGAGGAAGAAGUUCGAAGGGAGAAUCAAUGGGCAUUCGAGUGAUAGAAUGGAAAUUACUAAGAAUAUCAUUAUGUUUCGUUACAAUCUUUUUAUUUCAAGCUAUAUUUUAAUUAGUUUGAUUCUUUGUUAAGUGUUGUUUAUAUAAACUAUAUAUAUUGCAUUACUUUUAAGAAUUAAAAAUUUAUUUUAAUUGUGUAUUUCACAAUCUAGCGUAAAAAUUGGUUUAUUUUAAUUGUGUAUUUCACAAUCUGAGCUGCAUACGUGUUGGGGUGUUGUUAGCAGGGAAGCAGAAGAUCCAGUCGGGGUUGGGCAUUUGGGAUAGGGUGGAGAGGCCGCACCCGACGGCCAUGAGGAGGGAUAGAGAGAAGGAGAAGAGAUUGUAGAUUACGGAGAUGGAGCGGAGGGGUAAUGAGACGGGCUGAAACGAGUAGCGGGAGAGGAGUAAUGUAAAGGAGAUGUAGGAAAGAACGGUGAGAAUGAGGAAGUGAAGUGAUGCACCAUUUGUAGUUCCUGUUUUCCAUUCAAAGUUGUGUAUUGUUGUGUGAUAAAAUAGCUAGUUUUUGGCUGUUUUUAUCACUGUUUCUAUUGUUUUUUUGAUAUUUUUUGUUUGUGGGAAGUUUAAUGACUUUAGAGGGAAGAGAAUAGAAUGUUAAUGUUUAUGUUGGAUGACUCAUUGUAACUUCUAAGAUAAUUUCCUUUUAUAUAUAGAAGAAUUGAAAGUCUAUGUAUCAUUUGCUUUGAAUUAGUCAUAGAUUUUGAGUGUGAUGGACUCUGUCUUAAAUUAUCUUGAACUUGUUGAAACAUUUUCAUAAUAUAUUUUAACUUAUUAUAAACUUAUAUCAACUUAAAUUAUAAGAAAAAAAAAAUGAAUCAAAUAAACUCUUGGCCACUCUUUUCAAGAAAAUUAAGCUUCACAAACUUAACAUUCAAUCCUAAUUGAAUUCAAUAAGUCACCUUGUUUGAAGGAUUCUCUUUGCUUACUUACUUCAUAGAA